GCAGCAGCUACAAUGGACACUGCCUCUCCGCCUGCUCAAAAAAAAGGAAUGUUUUCUGGGAUGAAGAUAAAGAAGAAGAAAAAACCAGAUAAAGGACUGGUCAUUGCAAAUAAAACUGCUCUCGAUGGGUCUGAACAAGAGCCACCACAAACAGUUCCAGUUGUUGCUGAAGUUUCUGAAGUUGAAGAUGUAAAUAUGGAGGGGCCUUCCAGCAGUUUGUCCAGGAGACCCACCUUGAGGAAAAGGUCCAAGCCAGCAACCAAGAUUCAUAACAGUGAAGCCAAAACACAGACAUAUCAGAUUGCUAUAAACAUCAUUGAAGGCCGGCAACUGGUGGGUGAAAACAUCGAUCCUGGAGUGAUAAUUGAAGUUGGAGAUGAAAAGAAGCAAACAACGGUUAAGGAGGGCACAAACUCGCCAUUCUAUAACGAGUACUUUGUUUUUGACUUCAUCGGAACCCAGGAACUGCUCUUUGAUAAGAUUAUCAAGUUAUCGGUUAUGCAUUCCAAGAUUAUGCGGAGCUUUUUAAUUGGAUCAUUUAAACUGGAUUUGGCAACAGUAUACAAUGAGCCAGGCCACCAAUUCUGCAGUAAAUGGGCGAUGCUUACUGACCCAACUGACAUCAGGACGGGUGUCAAAGGUUACCUCAAGUGUGACAUCACCGUUAGUGGCAAGGGUGAGUCGGUUCACAUCACACAGAAGGCGAGUGAUGCAGGAGAGCAGAUUGAAAAGAAUCUGCUGGUGCCCAGAGGGUUUCCUACAGACAGGCCAUGGGCUCGAUUUUACGUGAAGAUUUACAAAGCUGAGGGCCUUCCUCGAAUGAAUUCCAGCAUAAUGGCAAAUGUGACAAAGGCGUUCAUGGGCGACAACAAGGACCUGAUUGACCCAUUUGUGAUCGUAACAUUUUCUGGUCAAAUGGGUCGAACAUGUGUUCAGAAAAGUUCGGCAGAUCCAGUGUGGAAUGAGCAGAUUGUUUUCAAGGAGAUGUUCCCACCCCUCUGCAGAAGAGUCAAAAUACAAGUUUUGGACGAAGGGAGUGUUAACGACGUUGCAAUAGGAACUCACUACAUCGAUCUAAAGAAGAUUUCUAAUGAACAGGAUGGAGACAAAGGAUUUUUGCCUACAUUUGGCCCAUCAUGGAUCAAUCUGUACGGUUCAGCUCGGAACUACACGCUAAUGGAUGACUUUCAGGAACUAAACGAAGGCCUGGGUGAAGGGGUCUCGUUCAGAGGACGUCUUCUGAUUGAGCUGGCCGUGGAGAUCCUUUCUGGAGCGGGUGCCGAAUCAAAGUUAUCAAAAAUAGCCAAAGAGCUGAAACUGACCAAGGAGUCCAAAAGCUCCAAAGACCAAAAGCCAACUGCAGAAGAGGAAGGAGGAGCAAAACAGGGACAAGCAGAAAAGACAACUGCCAUCGGAGCGGAAGUCAUUCCCGUUGAGCCGUGUACUCAGAUUGAUAUGACAGGAAUGGAAAACUUUCUCUUUUUUGCUGCUGUUUUCGAAGCGACUAUGAUAGACAGAAAGAUUGGCGACAAACCCAUCAGUUUUGAGUUUACUAUUGGAAACUAUGGCAACCUAAUUGACCGGGCAGCUCCUUCACAUGGCAGUAAGAAGAAAACACCUGAUUCUCAUGACACUGAAAGUGCCCCACUUCUCCAGCACUCUGAACCAGACCCCGAGUCCAUAACAUGCAAAUCUACCACAAAACCAGAGAAGCCCAUUUUAAUGGAGGGCAACAGAAAUUAUUACUACCUGCCGUUCUUCAAGAACAAGCCGUGUGCACAUUUCUCAAGCUCCUGGGAGGAGCACACCUUCAGAUUGUUUUAUUCCAAUGUGCUGGAUAAAAUGGCAGUGACAUUUGAAGAAGGCUUAGAAGAGGUGAGCAAACUGGAGCGGUUAUCAGACCCGCGAGCGUACGAGCAGAUGAAGACGAUGGUGGAUGAGUUUACAACAAGUGCUGGAAAAUUUAUUUCAAUUGCUGAGAAGAAAGCAGCACUGAGUAACCCAACUAUUUUGGACAAGAAGAGGAUGACACUGUGUAAGCAAGAGCUGGAAAGCCUACUGAAUGACAUCAAAGCCUUGACACAAUCAAAGAGAAUGAGGAUGUCCUUGAGAGAUAUCAUUGAAGAGGCCAAAACCUACAUUCAAAAAAUCCUGUUUCUGGUAGAAGAGCCUCAGCAUACCAUCCCGGAUGUUUUUGUUUGGAUGGUCAGCAACAAUAAAAGACUGGCCUACGCCCGAAUUCCAGCAAAGCAUAUUCUUUACUCCAGGCUCGAUGAGCAAAUGGGCAAGGACUGUGGAAAAAUUAAGACAUUGUUCCUAAAGCUGCCCGGACGCCGAGUAACUGGCUGGAACAUUCAGGGCAAAGUGGACGUCUACUUGUGGCUGGGCCACACUAAAGAUGUCUCCAGCAUGCUGCAAAACCUGCCGGCUGGAUAUGAACUUGACGGUGAGGUUAAAAGUGCAGAACAUCAGGCCCCCUCCAUACCAGACAUGCUGAUUUAUAAAGGUGAAAAAUUGUUCCAGCUCCGGGCUCACAUGUACCAAGCAAGAGGCCUGAUUGCUGCGGACAACACGGGACUCUCUGAUCCUUUUGCAAAAGUGACAUUUGCUUCCCAGAGUCAGACCACAGUGAUUAUAAAUCAGAGCCUGACCCCGACUUGGAAUCAGAUGUUGUUCUUCAACAACAUAAGCCUUCAUGAGGAUGCCAAGGACAUCGCCAAAGAUCCUCCUCUUGUUGUCAUUGAGAUUUAUGACGAUGAUGCAGUGGGUAAGGCGGAAUACCUUGGCUCUACGGUGGCUGUUCCUGUCGUGAAGCUGGCAGAGGACCCCUACACGUCCCCUCAGCUGCAGUAUUACCCCAUUUUCUGUGGAAGCACCCCUGGAGGGGAGCUGCUGGCAGCAUUUGAAUUACUGCAGGUUCCUGACUCCGAGUCUGAGGCUGAGGCCAUUCCUCCCAUCGAUCAGCCGGACGGACAAGUGUAUCCAGUGCCUGCUAACAUCCGGCCAGUGCUGAGCAAAUACAGAAUUGAGGUUCUGUUUUGGGGACUACGUGAUAUGAAGAAAGUUCAACUGCUGUCAGUCGAUCGGCCUCAAGUUUUCAUCGAAUGUGCGGGUAAAGGAGUCAAAUCCUCGGUCAUCCAGAGUUACAAAAGCAAUCCCAACUUCUCUGUUCUUGCUGAUUCAUUUGAGGUGGAGCUACCAGAGAAUGAACUUCUUCAUCCUCCCCUGAGUAUCAGCGUCGUUGAUUGGAGGGCUUUUGGCCGAAGUACAAUGGUUGGAACUCACGUCAUCAACAGCUUGAAGCAGUAUGUCUUUGAGAUGCUAAAACGUCCUGUAAUAUCAGAAGUAAAGGAGGAAAAACAGCAUAAGCGAGGUAAUGCUGCUGAUAUUGUUGUAGAAGAAGUCGACGUGAUAGACGCCUCUCCCCCAGACAUUUACGUGAACAUAGAUCCAGAGCCUCAAGCCAGGCCUUCAACAGAAGCUCCAAAAUCAAAGAUUUCCAGAAAAACAUGUCGAAGAUCCACAAAGAGAAGGAGACGCACCAUAGCCGAUGAAUCGGCAGAGAAUGUUAUCGACUGGUGGUCGAAAUACUACGCCUCCCUGGAAAAGGUCAAACAGGAUAAGCUGAAAGGCCAGCCUUUGCCGAUUCCGGGCACAAACGCUGGCAAAGAUGCUGUCAUGCCACUGCAGGCCUUACUGUCCCAUGGAGUUGACACUUUAGUGAAAGGACCUCCUGACCAGUUUUCCGUAGCAAUUGAAGAUGGAGAAGGCAAAAGAAAGCCACUAAGAAGGACAGACACUCAUGGUCCCACCAAACUGGCGACUUUGCAGAUCUAUGAUAAAGAGUUGGAAACGGAGUUUGGAGAUUUUGACGACUGGGUUAAAACCUUCGAUUUGUUACGGGGCAAAGCAAGCGAAGAAGACAGCAGCAUUCAUGAGGACAGAAUUGUUGGGAAAUUUAAGGGACGAUUCUGCGUGUCAAAGUGUCCCGAUGCUGAUGACAUCACUGCAGACGUGGGGCAGUUCAGAGUCCUACAGGGGAUGCCCCCAAACCAUCCGGUGAAAGUUCUAAUAAGAGUCUACAUUGUUUCUGCUUCCAAUCUUCACCCUGCAGACCCAGAUGGCAAAUCAGAUCCAUAUAUCGUACUCCGACUCGGGAAAACCGAAAUUAAAGACAGAGACAAUUACAUCCCCAAGCAGCUGAAUCCCAUUUUUGGAAGGUCUUUUGAGAUGCAAGCCACGUUUCCCAUGGAGUCAUUACUUUCUGUUGUGAUUUAUGACUACGAUAUGAUCGGGACUGAUGAUCUGAUUGGAGAGACCAAGAUCGACCUCGAGAACCGAUUUUACACACAACACCGAGCCACAUGUGGUUUGGCUAAGCAAUAUGCCAUUGAUGGCUACAACGCUUGGAGAGACACAAUGAAGCCCACUGAACUUCUGAGCAGACUAUGUAAGGAUCACAUGCUGGAUGGUCCCCACUUAUCACCAGGAAAGAUCAUCAUCAGCGAUAAAGUGUUCGCAGGAAAGACAUUUUUUAUCGAAGAUGAUGAAGAAGUGGAAUCGUAUGAACACCUUGCCCUAAAGAUUCUUCACCGCUGGAAUGAAAUCCCAGAUGUUGGGUGCAAACUCAUUCCAGAGCACAUUGAAACAAGAACACUUUAUCAUAAGGACAAACCCGGCAUGGAUCAGGGCCAGCUGCAGAUGUGGGUGGAUAUGUUUCCAAUGGACAUGCCGCCUCCUGGUCCAUCUGUUGACAUUUCUCCACGCAAACCCAAAGGGUAUGAACUCAGGAUAAUCAUUUGGAACACCGAAGACGUCAUUUUGGAAGAUGUCAACUUCAUAACGGGACAGCAGUCGAGUGACAUCUACGUCAAAGGGUGGCUGAAGGGGCUGGAAAACGAGAAACAGGAAACCGACGUGCACUACAAUUCCCUGACGGGUGAGGGCAACUUCAACUGGCGCUUCGUUUUUCCCUUCAACUACCUGCCAGCAGAAAAACAGCUCGUGGUGAGCAAAAGGGAAAACAUCUUCUCGCUGGAUAAGACGGAACGCAAAAUUCCAGCAGAGCUCGUACUGCAGGUCUGGGACUUUGAAACGCUUUCUUCCGAUGACUUUUUGGGUACUCUUGAAUUGGACCUCCAUGGAUUUCCUCGAGGAACAAAAUCUGCGAAAGGAUGUUCUCUGGAUACCUUGAAGCCAGGAAAUGAAAAAAUCUCGAUAUUUCAGCAGAAACGAGUGAAAGGCUGGUGGCCAUUUUCGAAAUCUGGCGAACUUACGGGUAAAGUCGAGGCUGAGUUUCACCUUCUGACAGCUGAAGAGGCUGAGAAAAGUCCCGUUGGAAAAGCCCGCAAUGAGCCAGAACCUCUUGAAAAGCCCAAGCGUCCAGACACUUCGUUUUCGUGGUUCAUGAAUCCAUUCAAGUGCUUCUUCCAUUUAAUUUGGGGACGUUACAAGAAAUACAUCAUCAUCGCGUUCGUCAUCCUGAUUCUGACGUUGUUCAUCGCUCUGCUGCUCUACACGCUGCCGGGCGCCAUCACUCACAGGAUCGUCAACGGAUGAGGUGCCCUCGCUUACUGAUCAAUAUUUUAAAAGGGCAUUUCUUCUAGAGUAAAAAAAAAAUUGUAUAGAAGAAUGGAAUGGGUGGAUAUUUUUGUAAGUGUAGAUCUAUUUUUUUUUAAAUAUGAAAUUGAGAUUGCUGUAAUAUAACGGAUAUGCAAAGAAAGACUUUGUGGUCAUCUGAGGAAUAACAGGCUGGUGACAACGGCAGUACUUUGGGGUGCCAAGCCGUUACUUGUCAAAACAUACAAAUAAAAAAAAAAAAAGCAUGGUGGUCUUUAACGAUAAUAUUAACAAAUUCAGGUCGCCCCUCAGCAAUCGGGUAUUCCGAUCUCCGUUGUAUGUGGAAGGGGCAGAGUUUAGUUGUCACAAAUCGUGUCUGACACUCCUCUCCAGGUAGUUAGUUAGCAGAAGGCAGCAUCCGGGCUUGGGGUGGCAUCACCUACCUGUCUGACGCACAUGUGUGACGAUGGG